AUGGUUCCUAAGAAAAAGAACCCCAUUAAAGUUAAUGAUUAUAGACCCAUUAGCCUCUGUACUGUUAUCUACAAAUUGAUGUCAAAAGUCAUUGCUAACAGAAUUAAGCAAGUGCUGCCUUCUGUUAUCUUAGAAACCCAAUCUGCUUUUCUACCUGGUAGGUUAAUAACAGAUAAUGUUUUAGUGGCUUUUGAGCAUGCAGGAAUUUCAAAUGCAAUCUCUGGAAUUCGAGUUUGUAGAGGUGCCCCAAAACUAAACCACCUCCUAUUUGUUGAUGACAACCUCAUUUUCUGUGAUGCUAGUGUGGAGACUAAUCUCAAAUUGUUAAGACUGCUGAAACUCUAUGAGGAGGCCUCUGGUCAGUUCAUCAACCAAGAUAAAUCUGCCAUGGUUUUCAAUCAGAAUAUAAGUGCUCUCCAAAAGAGAGCUAUUAUGGAUUUAUGGGGUUGGAAAGGUCACAUGUUUUCUCAAGGGGGUAAGGAAGUACUUCUCAAAGCUGUGGCUCUUGUCAUACCCUCCUAUGCAAUGAGUUGUUUCAAACUCCUUUCUAAACUUUGUGCUGACAUUGAAAGUAUGAUGGCUAAAUACUGGUGGGGGCAAAGAAAUGAUGAAAGGAAGAUUUACUUGGUUGGGAGGACUGAGGGACUGGAAGGACAAGUUGAUUCUCUGAUUGAUUAUAAUACCAAGUGGUGGAACUUGCCUAAAGUUAGAUCUCUCUUCAAUCCAAAAAUUACAGAGACAAUUUUGAGGCUACGUCCUAGUUAUUCUGAUGAAGAUGAUAUGUGGGUAUGGGAGCAUGAAAGAAGUGGAUGUUUUAGUGUUAAAAGUGCAUACAGGUUGUUUAAGUCACCUUCUGUAGAAAGUGUGGGGGAAACAUCCUAUGGGGCUGCCACAAAGAAGUUCUGGAAUGGAUUAUGGAAACUAAAAAUCCCUCACAAAGUCAAACUAUUUGCUUGGAGAGUUUGCAAGGAAAUACUUCCUAUGAAGGCUAAUCCUCUUACUAAAAGGAUGGAUAUCCAAUGUACCUCCAAGUUUAUGCUUUACACAUGGUCUCGUCCACCAGCUAAUCGGUUCAAGCUAAACUGUGAUGGAGCUUUGUUCUUUGACCAAAAUAAAACUGGUAUUGGGGCUAUCCUUAGAGAUUCUCAUGGAUUUCUUUUUAUGGCUCUAAGUAGAGGGGAGGAGGAAUUUAUAGAACUUGAAAUUGUGGAGGCCACAGCUGUGUUGAGGGGAUUGCAAUUCUAUCUAAAUAUUGGCAUCCAAAACCUUGAGAUUGAAAGUGAUUGCCAAUACUUGGUUGAAGAGGUCAAUAAUGAAACAAUUUCUUAUAUAGCUAUGAGAAAAAUUAUUAUUGAAAUUAGAAGACUAAUGAAGAGCUUUGGGGAUUGCAAGUUUCAGCAUUGUGGUCGCUUAUCUAAUGCUACAGAACAUCACCUAGCUCAACAAGCAUGGAAUAGUUCUUAG